AGACAAACAUCCUACUGGUAAAUGGCCAAAGAUUCAGGCAGUUCACCUAGGAAGAAUCUAAAUGGCCGGUAAAGAAGUAAAAAGAUACUCUGUUUCAGGGAGAUGUAAUUUAAAAUAAUGGUGAGAUACAAUUUCACAUGAUCUCGUUGGUCCAGAUCCACAAGAUUGCAUUAGAAUAUCAAGUGUUGGCAUGAAUGUUGGGAAAUGGAGCGAGCCUUUUCCUUGUUGGGGGAAGUGUAAACUGGUAUGACUUCCUUGGAGAGUCUGACAAUACAAAGUCAAGUUGCAGACGGGCCUACUGGUGACCUCGUUGUGUUAGAACCACUCUUGUGCCUGCUGUGGUGCCCUUUGUGAGUGAAACAGUGGGAAGAACCCAGCUGGGCUUCUAUGCCUGUGAUAACUCAACUGUGAUACAGUUGCAUCCUAUACAGCAGGUGGAGCUGAUCAGAAUAAUGUUCAACAUCAACCCCCUGGAGAACCUGAAGGUGUACAUCAGCAGCCGGCCCCCCUUGGUGGUCUUUAUGAUCAGUGUAAGCGCCAUGGCAAUAGCUUUCCUGACCUUGGGCUAUUUCUUCAAAAUCAAGGAGAUCAAGUCACCAGAAAUGGCAGAGGAUUGGAAUACUUUUCUGCUGCGGUUUAAUGAUUUGGACUUGUGCGUAUCAGAGAAUGAAACACUAAAGCAUCUCACAAACGACACCACAGCUCUGGAAAGCACAGUGGCCAGCGGCCAGGCCAGGAUGUCCACCCAGUCUCCGCAGUCCCUGGAGGAUCCAGGCCCAGUGAACAUCUCAGUUGCAAUCACCCUAACCCUGGACCCACUCAAACCCUUUGGCGGGUUCUCUCGCAACGUCACCCAUCUGUACUCGACCAUUCUCGGGCAUCAGAUUGGACUCUCAGGCAGAGAAGCCCACGAGGAGAUAAACAUUACCUUUACCCUGCCCACAGCCUGGAGCUCGGACGACUGUGCCCUUCACGGCCGCUGUGAGCAGGUGGUGUUCACAGCCUGCACGACCCUCACAGCCCACCCUGGCGUGUUCCCCGUCACCGUACAGCCGCCGCACUGUGCUCCUGACACCUACAGCAACGCCACGCUCUGGUACAAGAUCUUCACAACUGCCAGAGACGCCAACACAAAAUAUGCUCAAGACUACAAUCCUUUCUGGUGUUACAAGGGGGCCAUUGGAAAAGUCUAUCAUGCUUUAAAUCCCAAGCUUACAGUUAUUGUUCCAGAUGAUGACCGCUCAUUAAUAAACUUGCACCUCAUGCACACCAGUUACUUCCUCUUCGUGAUGGUGAUAACGAUGUUUUGCUAUGCGGUUAUCAAAGGCAGACCCAGCAAACUGCGUCAGAGCAAUCCUGAAUUUUGUCCUGAGAAGGUGGCUUUGGCUGAUGCCUAAUCCCACAGCUGCCGUUCUCUGAGAGAGACUGAGAGAACCAUAAUCAUUGCCUGCUGAACCCAGCCUGGGCCUGGACACUCUGUGAAUACAUUAUCUUGCAAUGUUGGGUUAUUCCAGCCAAAGACAUUUCAAGUGCCUGUAACUGAUUUGUAUAUAUUUAUAAAAAAUCUCUUCAGAAAUUGGUCCAAUGAUGCACGUGCUUCGCACUGGGCGCGGCCAGAACCCUUCAGCCUCACCUGCGGGCUUGGCGGGAUGAUCCUGAGUAGCGCCGGAGAGGCUUCGUGACCUCGCCGUCGGAGCAGGCCAUGCUGUCUUUCCCAGGGUCCCAGAGGCGCUUCACUGCUGGUGGGGUUGAGGUUUGCUUUGGUUCUUGUUUCAGCCCGAUCUGUACAGAAUGUUCGAAACAGUCUGCACCUUUGAUAUGAUAUUGCAUUUCCAAAGCCACCCCAAUCCAUUUUGUGGAUUUUAUGUGUCUGUGGCUUAAUAAUUAUAGUAACAACAAUAAUACCUUUUUCUCCGUUUUGCUUGCAAGGAAACAUACCUAUCUUUCUAAGUUUUUUUUUUUCCUUUGAAGAAAAAAUAGUCACAUUUUAAUACUACUCUGAUUAGGACAGAUUUGUGCUUUUAUCUUGAGUAAAAAGUUAAAUAUUUAAAAGUCACCUACAUGGUAGAGAUCUAAGUUUCAUUUUCCACGUGGACAGCGAGGAAUUUGGUCUUGUUCAAGUUGAGUUGGCACAGAAUGUUCCGCUGUCUUUUUCCUCUCUGUGGUCCCUUCCCUCCAUUGUAAAAGUUAAAACAGCUUCCUCGCUCAGAAGUGCUUAAAAAUGAGGUGCACAUGGCUCUAGAGUGAAAACAAGCUGUUCUCUUCCGGAAUGCAGCUGACGGCAUGGAAGGAGAGGGUGGUGAGUCGGUCUGAUAGUUAUGGUGGGGUUUCUUGUUUUCUUUGAAGAGGGAGUGGGUUUUCUUUCCUGGGUGUUUUUUGGUUUUUUUGCAUUUAUUUAUAUGCAGUUAACAUUCUCAGAAGGAAAUGGCAACUAGUAGUAGAUAAGUAACAUUAAGAAAACGAUGCCUGUGAAAUUGGAAGGAAAGCAAUUCUGAUUUCCCAUUUAUUGGGAAAACCAAAAGCAUUUUUCUUUCCUAUAACAUUUUGAUGAUCUAAUUCCUUUAUCCCUGUUUUCCUUCCAAACCAUCUUCAUUUUAAAACAGUUGUGCAUCAUUUCCAGCCCUUUCUUGUUACUUGUAUUCUUACCAUUUUUCUUUUUCUUAAUAGCUUUUUGCCUUAAUAACUCAUAGUCAUUAAUGAUUUCUGUGUUCUCCCAAGCCAUGCUAUAGCAGAAGGGCAGUUAAAACCUUGGGGACGACUGUCAGCACUUCUUUCUCUUAACUCCAGGUCUGUAUUCUGUUCUAAAUUAGAACCAGCCCUGCAGUCUGAAAUAUAUUGGCCUAGAACAUUUUAUCCCAGGCUUUUUUUUUUUUUUUUAAUAUCCAGGCAUUCUUAAAUGGAAAACAUUUGUGGGCUUUUCCUGAAGGUUGUUAUUAAAAUAAUCAUCAUAGUAACUUGAUAUGUUAAUAUUCCUUCUUUUCCUUUUAGUAUGUUUCAAGCGCAAUAAUCAUACUUGUCUAUCCAGUUUUUUUAUGAUAUGAGUUGCUUACAUGAUGCAUGGCUAACCGGUUAAUUUAGUUUUCUCUUUAGAAACUUUGAGACAAGAUUGAGAAAGAGCCAUUUGGCUUGGCCUUUAGAAACAUCAGUAUCACUAAGACCAACAGAUUUUAGAGGAAGCUGCUACUGAAUUAAUAAAAUCCCAAUGAAGUAGAGUUACAGGAAGAGAUUUAGAACUGGCAGAGUAAUAUAAAAGGAAGACAGGUGAAAAAAGUCAGUUUCACUGGUUUGUUCAGUCCAGCUUGUUGCUAACAUUAAUGGCCCUUGUUUUAGUCACAGGGACUGGCUGGCAUCUGUAGCCAGGGGAGCAGGGACACUGUUAGGCAUGAGGAAAGGAAGUGCCAAAAACGCCUGGAUGGCAUGACUUGUCAUGAGGCCAGGUCACUCACUUUAAAAAUCCAGCAUUCUCCCUCGCAGGUGAUUCUCAGAGAUCUUCCGGAAACCCAGCGUCAGCCAGGUGUACAAAGGGAGGAGGGGAGCCCGUGGGACCUGGGUCCACUGACCCUCAGCAAGUCCAGAGGACCUGUUGCUAUCUGGGCACUAGCAGACAAGGCCUCGUCCUCUGCUGUCUCUUGCUGGGGGGCCUCAGUGUCACAGACAGGGCCUGCCUGCCGUUCAGGGUGACCCCGUGCAGGGACACUGGCUCAUCCUCAGGCAUCUUGGACCAGAGUCCAAUGAAAGGUCAGCAACUUACUAUUAAAAUGGUUGUUUCAGAUCAUAUUGAUCUCUUUCCUUUUUCCUUUUGUCCUUUCACUGUAUGACUUGAAUCAGUUUUGAUUCUAUCUGUAAGUUUUUCUCGUCAUUAGGAACCUGCCACUUCGGUUGCGUUUUCUUUGGCAGUACGUAGGGAUUCAGCAUCCUAGUUUUUCAACCCUCCUGCAGGCACUGUGGGGUUUCGAGGGCCAGCGGAUCCAUUUCACUUACCUUGCUGCAUGAUGGUCAGUAGCUGAUCUGUUACGGCAUUCACUCCCAGAUUAAUUUUCUGUGUUUGAAAUAUGUGCAUAUGUGCUUUCCAGAAUAAAAAAUCUGAAUU